AUGAAAGAAGGAUUUAUGCCACUUCCUGAUAUACAUGCUUUACCAAGCCAUCUUCAUUAUUUAUAUCCAGAUAUUUUUACUCAAAGUGAACGCAGUAGUGAUGAAUCGAAAGGUGCAUUAAAUAAUCAGAAUAAAUUCAGUGAGAAAGUGGAUACUUUGUCACGCUCAGAAAGUCUUAUAACGAUAGCAUCAGACGACGAAAGCAGUCAUAAUUUAAAUUCUAAAACAAGCGAUAUUGAUAAUGAUAAUUCUGGAGAACAAAUUCGUCAGAUCGUUAUUGAUAACUGUGAUAGUAACGAUUCAAUUGUGAAUGUUGUUAGUGAUUGUGAUCCGAAUCAUGAUUUGGUUCAAAACUGCACUACGUUUUUUGACAAUGAUCUUUCUUAUAAUGAAGCAAAGAGAGGUGAUUAUACCGAUUUGCCAAUUAAUGAAAAUUGCUCUAAAUUGGAAAAGAAAGAUGAUGGACUGAAUUUAUCUACUUCGCCGAAGCAAUUCUCUUCCCACGAUCCUCAGUUGAAUUCCGAAAAAUCGUUUGAAACAAAAGGCCUGAAUGAAAUUGGGAACACUAUGACGGCAAGCUGUUCUGGAGAGGAUUUUAGAAAAAACACAUUUGAUUUCGAACAAGUUGAUAGCAUAGAGCAGGCAGAUAUAAACGAAUCCAAAGAAUUAUCAACAGUUGUGGAAUCUGAAUCUGCUGAUACGGAUGAUCAUUGUCCGGCGGCGAAGGAAAUCAAAAAAAGCAUUCCCAUUAGCCAUGGCGACAACGCAUUUCAGCAGCCAAAAGGACAAGAAUUCUAUUUUUCUAUCAAUUCUUCUGUCAAAGACAAUUCCGCUGUAUUUGAUAUUCCAGAAUACAUUUUUGAUGUAAACAACUGGAGGAAGCCAGUAAAUUUAAGAGGAAACAGUAAUCUGGAUGCAUUUGUAAAUAUAUAUAAUAUGCAUUUUAAACGUGACGCAUACCUUGAAACUAUGAGCUCAGCACUGUUUAAUCAUAAAAUACUGAAGUUUGAACCGACCCUUCCUGUGAAACAACAGCGUAUACUCCGUUCUAUCAGGAACCACUCUAACAAGAAUUCAAAUGAUAUUAAGAAAGUUCUAAAAUCUAUUGAUCCUAAUAUUUUGCGUCUUCAGAUAGCACAUCGUCUUGGUAUUGAAAAUUUGGGCCAACCCACUUCUACAGAGUCAAAUAGUCAUUCAUCGCCGCAAGAUGAGGUCGAUGUAGAGGAGGCAACAUAUAUCAGUUCAGCUUAUUUGGUCAAUAAUAAUAAAGCAGAAAGUUCAAGUACUUCUUUCAGUGCAUCAGAACAAGUAUUACAACAAUGCGUAGACAAUCAUUCAUCGAUAGAUCCAUUUGAAGAUCCGGAAGUGAAUGCACUCAUAAAUCGAAAAUUAAGGAACCAUCUAAAGGAAGAAAGCGAUCAUAAUCAUCAGAGUCAUAUUAAUAUUGAAGUAACACCAAGUCAUAAUCCUUUUCAGUCACACUCACAGUUAAACGACUGGGAUGAAUUAAAUGAUGAAAUCGAUUAUGAAAAAAUGCUUGGAUUAAAUUGA